CAGGGUGGGUGGUAGGAAGCAGUGGAGGGAGGCUGGUUUCGGCUGGCUGGUCCGCCGCUAGCGAAGUAGCGAGGGUGUCGCGCCGCGCAGGCACACGCACACCGGCCACUGCGACGGCCGCGGUGGAACGAGCGCGUCGUUCCUCCGCGUUUACUCUUCCACGUCGCAUCGUUCGUCGCGUAUCUCCCGUUUCUGCGCGCGAAACUGCCCCGCCGAACGGUGAGCGCGAUGUGAGCGGCACGACAAGCCUAAGCCGACGACGAUCGCACGAGACGAAGACGCGAGGCCCGGCGUGGCGCGAAGAGGCGAGCUGCGAUUAAUUGCCAACAGGGGUGAGUCGAUAGCUCGCGCCCGACGAAUAGCGGGAGAGGGGAGAUACUAGGGCGGAAGAGGGAUUGAAGGGGAAAGAAGAGAGAGAGAGAGAGAGAAGCGUACGGGGAGUUCACGUGACACGCAGGGGGUGCGAAACUGUCUGACAGUAGUGCAUCAGACGUCUGCUGCCGCUACUGCCGACGACAGCGGCGACAGAACGACGGUGGUGACGACGCGGGCGGCGGUGGUUCAUGGUGACAGUGGUCGUGGUGGUGGUGGUCGGCGACGACGACGAGGAGGACGACGACGGGGGAUUCAUAGCGCUGCAUCCCUGCGAUCGGUGGCGAGACGGAAGGAAAGCGGUAACCCCGGAGGUUACGAGGCCAGGGGAGAAAGUGGGUGUUGCCUGAGCGGCAGCGGCAGCGGCGGUGGCGGCGACGACGACGACAACGGGGGAGGAUCGCGCGCCCGGGUCCCGCGCGGAACGUCGCCGGAGGUCCCUUUCGGGCUGAAGUCUCUCACGUAGGAAGGAUGCUCGUCGCUCGUCGCUCGUCGUCCUCAUCCUCAUCCCGGAGUCGACGCCAGCCCGUCGCUGGCUUUCUUCCUUCCGUCGGUGACCUCAUGCCUCGGACUGUAUGUUCUAUACAUCCUGUAAUGUAAUUUAACGGAGCAAAGUUGAAACAGAGAAUCUUUGGCGCUGAGAUUCCUCCUCAGGAUGGCUGGAGCGAACCGCGAGGUUCGGCAAGGCCCUGAAAAUUUCGUGCUCGCAAGUCAUCGCGUUGGGCGACGCCAGUCUUCUUGCGAUUAGGGGCUGUGCCAGGGUAGCACGGGACGGGGGGUGGUUCCUGCCAUCGCGAGGAUCGAGAUGAGCGAUCUACAGGCCACCCUCGAGUUUUCCCUCGAGCUCUGCAAGUUCUACAAUGUCGAUCUCUUCCAGCGCGGAUAUUAUCAGAUACGAACUGCUCUUAGAGUAUCGCCGAAGUUGCCAGUCAAGGUGGAAGUCAAUCAACCACGAAAUCGCGAGCGACGUCGAAUUCGAUGGAGAGGCACGCACCGUUGUGUUGCAGACUCCCUGGAGGCGCCGGGCACGAGUAAGCGCUUUCAGAUCCUCUACAGGAACGAGGAGGUGACACUCGGCACUUCCGUACUAUUCCGGGCACAUGUGCUCGUGCAUAGUCACAAGAUUGAGGAGGCCCUGUCGCGCACCCACUUUAAUCUAGGCGUCGAGCUAUGGUUCAGCGAGCCGACGCAGCCGGGCAACAUGGCUUGCGUGUCCUCGAGGGCACUGCAGUUGAAUUUCACACCCACGAAGGGCCUUCACUAUCAUCUGCCGGUGCUCUUUGAUUACUUUCAUCUUGCCGCGGUGUCCAUUACGAUCCACGCCUGCCUCGUGGCACUUCAUCAGCCCUACAUCAAGAAGAGCAUACUGCACGUAGUGCAGAGUUGUGCGCCACGAAGCGGAAAACCCUGGCUGCAAUUUAAGCAAUCCGCGGCGAACGGCGACAGCAACGCGACGGCCUUCGGAAAUAUCGAGACCACUACGAAAUGCGUCGGAUCGACGACGAGGUUACAGCACGCGAGACUGGUUCAGCAAGAAGUCACGAGACUGCUCUUAGCCGCGAGGGAGUCUUUACUGAACGAUCUGUCCGAUUUGGCACGGCUUCUACCUUCUUGGCAACAAAGAGCGCUCGAGCUUGCACAGAAUACGCACAAAGAGAUCACGAAGUUGAUGGACACUGAGGAGGCUGACAUAGCUCAACUCUGCGCACAAAAUAUCGUUCUUUGGCAGCAUUUUCUUGAAGCGUUCUCCGGUCGAGAAGCGGUUCAUCAGCAUUUAGCACGAAUUCAUCAUCAAUUAAGAGUGAAGCGAUUCGCGGAAGGUUUCUUCGUAUUAGAGAAUCCUAGGACAUCGGCAGCGGGCUGUUACGACGCGAAUUAUCAGUCUUAUCAAGCGGUAAGCGAGGCUGCUAGAAGAUCGCGUUACCUCGCGUCGUUGCCACCGUUACCUGUCCAUUGUCCAGAAGUAGACGGCGAUCUUAACUCGUUGCCUUUGAUUUUUGAGGAUCAGUACGCUGACAUGCAGCAGAGACACAGAAACAGUGUUCCCAGCGUGGACGACUGUAGCUGUGGCAUAACGGCCAUCCUAGAGUCGCGCUCCGUGGGAAUCUGGUCGCCCAGAAGCGAAGGUGCAGCUCAGGACAUCGGAUCGAUCCAGGCUCGCCUUAUACUGACGCCUUCCACGCUUCCGGCGAGGCACAGCAAGUCGCUCGAUCAGCUGGGUCCCGAUCUGACGACACCUCUGCAGCCCAGAACGUCGCCAAAGACUCUGCCCAGGUCUGUGUCAACCCAAUUGUUCUCGCGGGGGCUGCGUGGCGGCGGUCGAAAUGUCACGCCACCCGCGACGGUUCCUUCCAGGGGGAAAGCCAGGUCGACAGUGCCGUCCAUUAGCACCCUCUUCCCGCCUUCGGGUCAGCAGGCUUGUUCCGCGCCAAACCCAUCUCUUGGCUCCACGCCGGUGAUACCUCUGCCUCGAGCCAAGUCUACACAAAUGUUGGUACCGAACCGACAGCAGCAACAACAGUCCGACUACCAAUCCUCUUCCAUUAGCUCACUACUGGCGGCGAUGUUUCCCGAGUUGCCGCCCGGUGGUCAUCUGCCUGGUUAUCGACCUUCGUCUAAAUCCUGCGACCAGAAUCUCGCUGUGCCAACGUACAUGGGUGCUCUGGACCUCAGUCAAUUGCCCGAUUGCUUGACGGAAAGCAAGUCGGCAAAUACGGAAGAUUACCAUUCUCUAGAUACAAGAAAAAUACGGCUAGAGCCACGAAGUCAUCGUCUGGGAAAUCGCCAACCGCUGCCAUUGACCACAAACGACCAAAGUAGCUUUCUACCUUCCAAGGCGAACGUAAACGGCGACUUUUUACCGGAUCCACAACCGUUACACACAGCGACGUUGGAUAGAGUCACUUACCGAGGAAACUUUAGAAAGUCUGGACAUCAAUCAGGUGCCAAGUACAGUCAAACGAACGGCGUCGAGAGUCGCAGGUAUCAUACGCUCGGCAAGACAUCGAUGACGCAAAGAAGUCGUCCAGAGAUACCGGAGUACAUGAAUGGCAGCGCCAUGAGCAGCAGCCAUUCUCACCUGGCGGACACCACGAGCAAGAAAUCCAAUUAUUACGCGACUACGGACUCACUUUUCUAUCGCACAAACGGCAAUAUCAGCGGAAGGAUUCGCGACGAGAUGCCGAAGAGGCCAAAGAGCACGGAACGGCUGCUCGAUGCCGUGGAGCGUAACGAGUGCUGCGACUUCCGGCGAGAGCGACCGAUUCGAAGAAGAGCGGAACGAUCGGUCAAGUCAUCCCGCAACGGCGUAACCCAGAAUUAUAACGAGGAUAAGCAACGACGUGGUCAAAACGAGAAGAAGAACGCGGAGGCUGUUCAGGAACCGAUUUAUGAAGUAAUAGCCUCGAAAUCGGAAUCAAAAAAAGAAUCUCGCACCGAAAGAAGGAAGGACAAACACAACAGAAGACCGCACUCGGCGCCCGUCCUCGACACGGAUCACCCGGUGGAGGAGAGCAAUCAUAAAAGUGAUAAAAAGUGCAGUCACAAAAACAGAAAACCGGCACCGCCACCUCCGGCGUAUCAAGAUGCCCCCUUGCCCAAAUACCGUCACUCCUCUUCGACGCCCGCAACGAGUGUCCUCGAGGUGGAAAACAACAAUAAAAUUAUUCUGAAGAUGGAACCCAUAAAGUCGCCAAUGGAGGCACCGACGACCAACGGCACGACGCCGUCGGACACUUCCAGCUUCGGGGUGCCGCCGCCGAACGUAAAGAGACUGCGAUGUGCUAGCGUGCCGGUGACUCAGAACAAAGUGGUCGUGCCACGCAGCGCGGUCUCUCUGCCCUGCAUGCCGAUACGCGACAGCAAGGACAACCUGAGCAACAACCUGCCGAUCAUACCGCAUCUUCUCAGUCCGCCGUCUACCAGGCCCAGCAGUCCCACGCCGAGCUCAAGCUCGAGCAACCUAACGUCCGAAUGUUCGGGUUGGGUCAGCAGCGGCGACACCUCCAGUUCGGAGCAGCGUCGCAACCAAGCCAAGCUCUCGAGCGAGCAGCUACGGCAGAAGCUGUCGAAAAUCGUGCCGCGCAAGGAUCGUCCUCUCGUCACGAAGGAGAGCGUGGAGGAGCACUCGUACGAGGAGUUGCGACUACCGCCGCCGAAGAUGUUCCAGGACGAGCCGCCGCCUCCCGAGGAGUUCCGCGAUCCACCAGCGCCGAUCGACAAUCCGCUGUACCACGUGUACGAGACGGUGAAACAGACCAGGAGUCCGAAACAGAACAAAACGGCGCCGUGCAGUCCGCAACGAAACCGAGAUCGAGACAGGGACAGUGUGUACGGUGCCAGGGACAUCUGUUUGGACUGUUAUCAGGAGGGCAAGGAAUUGUUGCAGUCCACGCAGGACGACUUUAUCAACUUCAAAAAAUGCAAGGAGGAGUUCAAGAGGCAGAUGAGCUUCUCGGGCAAGAUCUACAGAGAACGCGAGGAAGCACAGUUCCAUUUACAUAAACGUGCCCAUUCCCUCGGAUACGGUCUUGAUUCCUCGCCGUCGGUUCAACCAUUAAGAUCCCAUGUGCCUCUUAGUGACUAUCCGACCCUGGCCUCGACCUUGCCGUACUUCCACAUCAGCGACGAGUACCGACUCUUCUCGCCGGAAGGUCCACAUCUUAUCAUAUGCGUUCACGGUCUCGACGGUAACGCCGCCGAUCUCCGUCUCGUCAAGACGUAUCUGGAAUUGGGUUUGCCUGGAGCACAUUUGGAUUUUCUGAUGUCCGAGAGAAACCAGGGAGACACCUUUUCCGACUUCGAAACGAUGACCGACCGAUUAGUGUCCGAAAUUCUUUAUCAUAUCGAAUCGUCGGGCCUGAAUCCAAGGAAAGUGAGUUUUAUCGGGCAUUCCCUUGGGACCAUUAUCAUCCGGAGCGCCCUGACGCGGCCGCAGCUGCGUCCGCUUCUUCCUCGUCUACACACUUUCCUCAGUUUGAGCGGACCACACUUGGGCACUCUUUACAACACAAGCGGUUUGGUGAACGCGGGCAUGUGGUUUAUGCAGAAGUGGAAAAAGUCCGGAUCUUUACUACAACUGGCUAUGAAAGAUGCAUCGGACGUGAGGCGCUCCUUCAUGUUCCGUUUGAGUCAGAAGAGCAAUUUGCAGAAAUUCAAACACGUCUUGUUGUGCGGCAGCGCCCAGGAUCGAUACGUGCCUUUGCACUCUGCCCGAAUCGAGCUCUGCAAGGCUGCCGUACGAGAUCCGACGGAUCAAGGUGCCGCGUAUCGCGAGAUGGUGCACAACAUUCUAUACCCUGUGAUGUCGGCGCCCGGCGUUAGCCUCGUCAGGUAUGACGUGCAUCACGCUCUACCGCCGACGGCGAACGCCCUGAUAGGCCGAGCCGCGCAUAUCGCCGUCCUCGACUCCGAGCUUUUCAUCGAGAAAUUCCUGCUGGUCGCGGGACUGAAAUAUUUCAGAUAAGGAAAGAACAGUCUAGCGCACACGAAGAAAAUAAUUAACUAUAGUUUAUUAAAGAAAAAAAAAAGGGACACAGAGACUCGAACGCGGACUCGGAAAGCGUCGCGUUCUCCGCGAAAUCUUCGACCAUCCCGUGAUUAGCAUAUAUUAUAAAUGUCCUGUCCAACGUUGCCUCGCGUUUCUCUUCUAUUCGCUUAGUUAUCUUCUUCCAAAGAAACGAUAAACGGAAAGGGAUUCCGAAGCGAGGCAAUCCGAUCUUUUUUACACGAAAAACGGCGGCACACGCCGUCGUCGAUUUUAGUAUCUAAACAUUCGUUAGGUUCUCCAUGUGCCAUGUUAAUACCGAUCAUAAUCACGGACGCGGUAAGGUAGCGCGUAUUUAUCAUUGACGGUCGAAUUUUGGAUUCAUUUCCGCAACGCUUCAUCAAGAGUUCGCCUCGUGAGUAUUCGAAGCGAAUGGACCUGUAGCUCGCCGUGAAACGGACCUACUCUCUAGUGAUGAUGAUGGUGGUGAUGGUGGUAGAUAAUAGUAGCAGUAGCGAUAUCGACCAAAAAAGGUGGAAGAAUAGAAGGAAACAGAAAAGAGAUGUAAAAAAUAGUGCGAAAAUUAAGUAUAUGCUUGGGAAACUCACUGCUUGGGUAUCGUGCGCGUCAUCGCUAUGAGUGAUGCGACGUGCACGAAUCGAUCGAACGUACUCCAAAAUUUCACGUACUCAAAAAAGGAAAAAUUGAAACGAAACCUGAUCAGCGCGUUUGGCGGCCUAGCGUAAAUGGAGCAAUCGAGGGACACGAUGAGGUCGCCGAGCACAUCAGCUUCAUCAACAUCGUCGCGAAAGAUGGAUUGCGAUAGGAAGAGAAAGAAAGAAAGAGAGAGAGAGAGAGAGAGAGAGAGAGGAGGAGGAGGAAACAAAAUUUAUUCAUCGAUACAACUAUAUCAACAGUCGAAUUGGAGAAUAUACUUUUUUUUUAAAAAAAAACGGGAAGUGAGACUCCAUUGAGCAAGAGUUCUGUCGCCAGGACAAUUCUCCACGAUGUAUAGCCACGCAUUAAGGGGAGGAAAGAAUAAUAUUAAUAACAUAAAUAAAAUAAAAGUAUAAGACAAUGCAACGACACAUUGUCUAGUCGUAUAGGAAAGUUACGAAACGUAUGUCAAUUGUUAUCCUCAGAUAAGUGUGAAUGCUGAAUGCGAUGAGUGCGAAGAGCGGAUGGAUGAGAGCCGAGUACGAUGUUGAGAGAUAGAGACAGAGAGAAAAAGAAAGAGAAAAUGAUUAGGCAAAAGGAAUUAUAAAGAUGUAGAGUAAAAAUGCUGAGGAUGAAGAAACGUCGGGGAGGAGUAGAAUGUCAAACAGCAUUAUCAAACAUCAGAGGGGAUGAGGUGACGGGGGUUUCCCAGUGUGGUCUCACAAUCAGUGAAAUGAUGAUUCGCGCCCUGAAACGCGACAGAGAAGAGUAUCCGAGGUGCGAAACGAACGCGAUGACGCGACGAGAGUGACUAACGUUUCAGGUAUAUGAAAUCCCUCCAAUGCUAGAUCUCAAUUGCUCAGAACAAUCUAUCGAUGCGGAAAAGCAGAAAAAAAAAUGAUGAAAAGAGAAUUAUAUUAAUCGUAAUCGAAUGGUGACAAACGCGAAGCGUCUGCGUGUGCUAUCGAUGAUGUCGCGAUCGAGUCGUCGUGUAAACCCAAGCGAGCUCGAAUUUUGUCACCUUAAAAUCUAACAGAGCGUUCCGGUACCGCUGACCUUAAUUUUAAUAAUAAAUUCGUCGAACUGUUCUCGAAAUAAAUAUUUUUUUUUUAUCAAAACGUCUAGAUGUAUCAACAUAUUAUACUUAUUAACGAUUGAAUUACAAAAGAUUGUUUUGAGAACUUGAAUCUGUGAUGUAAUUUCCGUUUAAUUUCAUUUAAUUUAAGAAUUAAAAAAAAAAAAUCAAAAAAAUUUCCUUGCUUUUGUUUUAUCUUUACUUCAAAAUUGUAAUUUAAGAUGUUUAAUAUCGAAUAUUGAAAUGUGACAACCGAUGGCUAUUCUCGAGAAGUAGAUUUAAAAUUUGCCAGUGAUUUUAUCAUUAAAAUUCAAGGGUAAGUUUUCGACGUUCUGUGUACCAAUAAGCUGCGACGUAAGAUCGUAGCUCUGCAGCGCGAAAAUGGCGUCUCGUACCUCAGCAAUCGCGGAAACAUUUUUUGAGGGGGAAUAGAAUUCCGGGAAAUCAAAUGACUAUAUGUUAGAUGUUUGUAUUGUGCAUUAUACAAAUAUGCAUUUAACAUUUUUAACGAACACGAUAUGUCCAUUAUAUGUCCCUAUCUGUGAAGCGGUGUAAAAUAGUAUUAAUAAACUGAUAUUCUGUAAACGAUAAACGCGAAUGUAUAUAUAGAUAUCCUAUAUGUAUCCACAAUAAACUGCAGUCGUUAUGAACUGGGGGCUGAAGUACGAGGCGUCCGUUUGAUCGCGUAUUAACAAAUUAUGGAGUGGAAGGUCGUAAGAGCGCUAUUCCUAUUAUUUUCCAAAAAUGAGAGAUGAGAGACUUUCUUCCAAAUCAACAUCAUCGUACUCGUUAUUUCCGAAAUUUCGUUUCACGGUUACACACAAAAAUGCGUUUUACGUUUUUAUUUGAUAAAAACGAGAUAAGCACAUGUACAUGACGGAUAGCUCUUUAUAAUCUUCCACUUCACAAUUCUCUUGCACUACAAAUCUCUGAGCACAAUACACAAAAAUAUGCACGUACACACACACACACGCGCGCGCGCGCGCACACACACACACACACACACACACACACACACACACGUACACGCACGCACACACACACACGCGCACGCACACACGCACGUACGCACACGCACACGCGCGCACACACACACACACACACACACACACACACACACACACACACACACACACACACACACACACACUGUCCCGAGCGCAAACGCGCGCGUAGAAAAUAAUAAUUUUUACAGCAAUUCUGUCGUAACAUAUAUGUUAAAAAACGGAUCAUGUGGAUCAUACGUCGGCUCUCAAUAUGCGAGUAAUAUCGUAUCGCAUGUAAAUCCGUAUCAUUCGUAUCAUCCAGUGUAAGCCAUUUACAUGCGUAAGAAGCGCGCAUGUGUACGUUUACGUGUAUCGUCAACGUGAAACGAUUACCUAUAAUCACCACUAACAUGUAUACUACAAUCGUAUAUGUUGUUGCGAACUGUUCUAACCUGGUAAUCGCGAGACGGAAAGUUAUAUGAACAAAUGCAACUUUGCAUCAGAACUAAAAGAAAGUUUAUGAAAUAUGUGUACGAAAAUCACACCCAAUUCUUCUCUCUGUCUAAUGCAAAAAAAAGAAACUAAAAUAAAUUAUUUUCUGGACGUUCACUAAUCUUGUCCCUUUUUAAUAUAUCGAGAUAGAAGCAAACAUAUUUUGCGAAUCGUCAGUAUCUUCCUUCGUAUAUUUCCUUAGAAAUAUUUAAAGUCGCAAGAUAAAAUAAUAGUAAUUUAUAAAAAAAAAAAAUAUAACUACUUAUUAUCUACAUUACUUUUCUUACAAACGCGAAUAAUAAAGCUUACAAGAGCUUCGGGAAAAAAAGUUUCUGAGAUUCUAUAUUAGUAUCUCAAUGCAUCUCGAUUAGAAUUCUUUUUUAGCGCGAUGUAAAAUUAUACUUGCCGAUACAAAUUUAUUUACGGUAUGUCGUAACAUUGUGCAUUGCUUUAUCAAGUCUACCGUUAAUAAUGCUCCUCUUUCGAAUUCCGAGUAUUUAUUCAGAGUAUCUCGAGUGUGAUAAUUUUCAAAAUCUUCGAAUGUUGCCUUCCUUCCUGGGAAAUUAAUCUCGAAACAAUUACAAAAUACGAACGUACUGAAAUGUUCUCCUAUAAUUUAUCGUGUAAAAUUGAUUUGACGUAGAAAAGCUGAAAUUAAAUAACCAUGCAAUAUUAAUCACAAUUCAGAAUUGGGAGUUAUGUUCGUCUAUAUUUGCCGAUCUUUGUCGAAGAUUUAUGACUUUCGUGCGCCAUCAAUGAACGUGACGAAUGCAUAUGGGUAAAAAAUUCAUGUUCUGACUCUGUCUCUUUAAUCAAAUUUUCACUCCGCAGCGACACGUUUAUCAGGUAAAUCGCCGCGUAUAUGUUGUUCCCUCAACUGCGAAUAAAUCUCGCCGAUGACGUUUACGCGCGUCAUGUAUCGAUUGCGAGAAAGACAGGCCAUCUCCUCUCUUUGUCCGUUAUCAAUAACGCGUUACAAAUCGUGCGCGAAAAGGAGAUUACGAACGACGGAAAAUGGGGAAACGGAGGUUCGGAGAUCCGAAAAGAAAGAAAACGAAAAAACUUUUCGAUUUGCUCCCUCGCGCGGGGAACGCGGAUCAAAAAGAAUUUUUAUUGUUCUUCUAUUGUUUGCUCAAUUGUAUCGUUUUACAUUCGACUUCAAACACGCUUUAGCCGCGAUAAUUGCAACUUUGUACUCUCGUCGUGUAAACUUAAGUUUCUAACUUACUACUUAAGGCAACAAUUUUCUAGAGAUUUAUCGGGGAACGAUGGGAACACGAUCGGAUCAAUCGACGAUCGGGAUCGCGAUCAAUCGAGCAAUUUCCGCCGUUCCGUUUCUCGACACGUUUUAGAGAGAUUUUCUUCGGCCCAAAAAAAAAACUAUUUCAAGGACAUAAAAUCGUUGUUGCAUCUUUGAUGGGUACGUCCUUGCGUAAUUUACGAUUCGUGUUCGUUCCUUUCCUCCAUCCCGUGGCGCCAUCCCAGCUGGAAAGGGCUGAGUACGUAGCGAGAUUUCUUUAAUAAAUUAUAACGGCCUCUGGAGACAAUUAACGAACAAUUGACGAAUGAAAUUUUAAACGUCGGGCACUUCUGCUCUUAUCGGACUAAUGAAACGCUCUUCGAAGGCUCGCGUAAAAUUAAAAUGUAGUUAAAAAUUAAAAAUUAAAAUGGACAAUUAACGAUAGAUAGAAAUAUAAAUUAAUACCAAGAAACCUGGUGGCGUAUGAAGCACCCAUUAUGUUCUCUUGAAAAUUAUUACGCGUCUAGUUUCAUUUCGAUUCCACAUUUUAAACUUUAAUCUCUGAUAAUAUAAGUACGAAUUAUAUGGAGACGUAUAUAAUUUCCAUAUUUAUAUUUUUGUUUUAUAGUUUGAAAAGUUGAAUUUAUUUCUAUUCUUAUAAUUACUUCUUUCUCUAAUAAAACGAAGAAAAAUAAAAAAGCUAUGACUUUUAGAGUUACAAGAGAGUUAAAAGAUUUCAAAGUAAUUUUUGAAAAUUAAGUGCCAAGGUAUAGUGCCAAAGCAGAAAUUGCCGAUCCGACAACGAUUUUUUCAGACAAACCUUUUUUUCACUUUGAAGCGUGCAUCGAAGCAUUCAUCGACAUUCAAAAAAGAGAACUCGCUAUUGUAUUCCGCUUGUGUCACAAUUAUUAAGCGUGUCGUACAGCUGGGUUCGACAAAAAAAAAGCGUCAUGUAAUCCUCAAUCGAAUCACUUGCGAGAGAAAAAAGCGUGAGAGAGAGAGAGAGAAAGCAUGUGUGAAAGAGAAAAAAAGAGAUGAAAGAAAGCGUAAAAGAAAAAGAAAAUAAAAACCGCAAACAUGAAAAAGAAGACAUAAUCGUCUUUAAAAGAGAAACACCAAUGAAGAAAUAACAAUGUAUACACUAUACAUAACAUAUGAGUAUACAAAAAUGAAUAAAUCUGCGUGAAUAUAUAAAGUGAGAGAUAGAUUAAUAAAAAAUCUUAAGCCAUUA